AUGGCGAAGCAUGGCUCCACGGAGUCGUCGCAGCACGUCCCGGCGUGGAAGAAGCUCGGGCUGAAGCUGAAGUUCGCGAAGGAUCCGGUUGAGGAGGAGGGUGGGGCACCGCAGUCUUUGCUUGAACAAGAGGACGGUGUAUCGGAGAGCACGGAGACCAUGGAGACCAAAAAGCGCAAGAAAUCCUCGGUCGAUGGCGAGGGGAAGAAGUCUAAGAAACGGCGACAUGGCGAUGGUUCCGACAACGACGAGAAGAUGAAGAAGGAGGAGAAGAAAAAGAAGAAGGGGAAAAGUGAGAAGGACCAGGGAGAGAAGCAGUCAAAGGGAAAGAAGAAGCGUGUUUCUUUUGGGCCGGGUACCAAGGACAAAGACGGCGACGGCGAGAGCGACACGGAAGGCGUUGAUCGCACCGAUCAAGAUCAAGACAAUAUGGACGUCGACGCACCCAAUGGCGUGGAUACAGCUGCCGCCGACAUAAAAGCAGACGACAAGGAGAUCGAGGAAAUGAAGAAGCGCAAACGCGAGAAAAAGAAGGAAAGGAAGAGCGGGGCCAACGCUGCUUCGACGAGCUCCCACAUCCACGAGUCUCCGAUCAUGUCGUACCUGAGCCACUACCACCGCGACCGCGCCUCAUGGAAAUUCCAAAAGAACCGCGAAACCAACCUCUUCAAACACCUCUACUCGCUCGAACAUGUCCCCGCCCAAUACAAUCCCGCUCUUCUGGCCUACAUGCAGGGUUUGCGCGGCGACGCGGCAAAAUUGCGGUUGCAACAGUCUGCCGAGGAAGUUAUCAAGGCUGAUAUGGAUCUUGGUCAAAAAUCUGCCGACGAGGAGCCGGACGAACAGGAGAAUGGUGCGCGCGCCGAGUACCAGCAGGCUGUGGACAAGUUCCGGGAUAGCAUUGCUGAGCAAGACACCGAGCUCGGGGCUGAUGGGUCCGGAGAAACCUCGACGGGAGAUGCGCUGAAGCGUCUGCAGAAGAGGCAGCGAGCUGAACUGGUCUUUUUUGCUGUUGCGGGAACAUUGUUCAGUGCAGACAGUGUGAAGAAAGCGAAGUCUUCGCCCAGCCAGUCGGAGCCGGCUAGCAAGAAGAAGCGGAAGAACCGGACGGCUGUUGUUGAUAUCUCUAGCAGUGAGAGCGACAGCGACAGCGACAGCGACAAGGAAGACGCACCCACCAAGACCUCGCGCAAGGCAUCGUCUCCGGACAGCAGCGACGAAAGCACUAGCAGCAGCGGGUCAUCAAGCAGUAGCAGUGACAGUGAGAGCGACAGCGACUCGGACGAUACAUCAGAGAACACGCAAAAGGCUCCAGCGAAGAAGUCCGCGCCAGCAAACAGCAAGAACAGCACUGUUAGCGCCCAAGACAAGACUCCAGAUCAAGAAAAGUCUGCUGCAACGAGUGAGUCUGCACCGAAGAAGAAAAAGCAGAAGCGGAAGAUCAGAACUGCUCAGAUUGAGAUCUCGAGCAGCGAGAGUGAUAGUGACUGA